GUGCUGGGCAGCAGUAAAUAAUUCCACGCCGCCACAAACUCCAAGUCUGCGUCUGACCGCGUCCAUCGGCGGCUCUUUGACUGGCUCUCAACAACCCGCGUCACAAUUCCUCAAACAUUCCCACACCACGCUUCCUACACAUAAGACAUCACAAAACUUCGAGGCCAGACCUUUGGCCGUGCCAGCAAUCGUUACUGAAAAGCCCUGCCACGGUCUCUAGGCGAGAUAUGGCUGCCAGGCUCGUCGACAUCCCCACUCUCUCGUCAUGACCACGGUGGCGCGGCGAGAGCCAACUUCGCCCUCUUUCGAAGUCUCCAAUUCUAUCCCAAUUGCCCAUUUGUCGCCAAGUUCCGUGCAGACUUCCUCUUACAUUGCAGCAAAUGUGGCCCUGGUGUGGCCCUAUUCUAGCGCGACCGGAAACCUUGCAUUGCUGCUAGCCGAACCAGAUGUCCGUCUUCGCAAACACAAGGGCCAGGUCAAGGUUGUCUUCCGGGAUGGAUGCGCAAGAGAAAUUGCGAAGACUAGAGUUGGUAUUGGGGACACGGUCAAACUGGCACUGGCUGGAUGCGAGUGGAAAGAAACCGGUGAUGCGGUGUCAACACCUGGAAAGAAGAUAGACUGGGAUCUUGAAUUCCGUGGUCAGGUCAUUUUCCAAGUCGUUCGCGAAAAUGGCCAUACGUCCACCGUCACUUAUACAGCGCCGGAAUCCAACUUCCCCGCCCAGAAUGGCAUACCUGGACCGACAGACAGUCUACAGACCCCAAGGGUUUCGAUGAAUAGUGUGUUACCCUAUGGUCAGAGCACAAUACGAGUUCAAUUGACCCCGUUCAAGACCGCUAGAAAAUCAGCUGGCGGUACUUUCGUUGAUGCUUCUCUGGAUCCGUUUGCAGAUGAUGAUGGCUAUGUCCUUGGGAAGGGUCGUAAACGUACCAAGUUCGCGAGACAUAGUGGAUCAUGGAGCCUUGUGGACUCGGACGCUGCCCGCGAGCCGGAAUUCGCUUCUCAGGCAAGCCCCAGCGAUGUCGUGCCUACGAGCACGAGCUUGGCCGCUCAACAGCCAGAGCACGAUGCUGCGACAGUUGAGCCAGAUCAUGCUGAACACGAGAGAGAGUCGCCACGGGAGCCUGACGACACUGAGAGCGUACCGACAGAGAGCAUUGAUGCUCCUACCGUAGCACAACCAGUUGAGCAAACAUCUGACUCAUUUCACAGUCCUGUUGCUCCAAACGAAUCGGCAAAAGGACAUAUCUCAGCCCCCAAGGUGGUGAUGGGACCUCCAUUGACACCACUGAGAAUUGCUCCACAGUCAAUCCCGGCCAACGCUGAUGCGCUCUCCGAAGAACGGUUUGAGCGUACAUCAACACCUCGUCUUCAGCCUCUUGCAUCACCAGGUCUUCCCCUAGUAUCGCCACUGAUUCGACGUUCUGGCCCUGAAGUCGGCUACUUCCCUCCUUCUGCGACGGGCUUGUCUCAACUGGAUGCUUCUGGGGGUGGGAAAGGACAACUCCAGUCUCUUGAGAAUAAUAUCUUAAGCGACGGUCCUGUUCUUGAACAAUUUGGAGACAUCCAGUACUCUUCAAAAGACGAACAACAUGUCCCACUUAACUCAGCCAGCGAAGUCAGUUUAACAACUGACAAUCGAAAUGGGCCCGAACAAGACACAAAAACGCACUCCAGCGGGUCUGUACAGUCAGUCGAAUUCAGCACCAUUCCACAGGUUCCAGGCAGCCCCCAGGAAGCUCCCCGUUCCUCGCGAUCACCGUCACCCAAUGCAGCGAAACAACAUCAAGAACCACUGCUAUCAGAUAAGAGCCCUUCCCUUUCACCAAAUGCGUUGGCAAUCUUGGUCGAGGGCGAAGAUGAAGACAUGUAUGGACCACCUAAGGAGAUUUCCACAGCGAGUAGUCAAGUUGUGAACUCGACCUCACAUGAGCAAGCGCAAAGCUGUUCCGACAAUGCGGAACAAUCCUUCUCAUCGCCUGCAACAAACCACGCGCUUCAGCUAGCGGGUGAAUUUGGACAAGAUGUGGCUCAAAGUCCAGUAUUGCGACAGGCGUCAGCUCAAGAACAUGUCACCGCAGCCUGGAAAGAGCAGAUAACAGUUGGCGCCGUGGAAUGUCAGUCUCCAGGCACUUACCCAGCACCUCCAUUCCCUUUCAAGCAAAACUGGCACAAACGGAGAGAGUCGUACUCGUCCAGCCGUCGAUCUUCCUAUCACUCUCAAACGCAUUCUCUGGAUGGAAAUGUCGACGAAAGAGCCGAUCUCUCAACUGAGCGGGACAGUCCUGAAAAUAGUACCAGCCAGUUGGUGGAUCUUGGUGCUGCACGAGUCGAAAUCCCCUCCAUUUCAUCCAAGUCUGGUUCUCCAACAUUGUCUUCUCCCACGGCGCCAGCGCCAGAAGAAUCGCAGCGCAUCCCGCAAGAUAAUCCUUCGGAGACUUCUGCCAUGCCGGCUUCUGCUGGAGGACAUCAUUAUGUUCAACCUUACGUAGAGGAAGUCCCUGAAGGCGCACCUACUCCCCAGGCAUUCACUGCUCCGGAUGGGGGUGAGCAACCGCAUGAAUCGCCUACGCCACAGAAAGCUCAGCACACUUAUAAUCCGCCCGGCGAGCCGGUACAGGUGACUUCUGCCCAACAACAGCCACCUGCACCUUCCAAAGCUGAGGCAAUCCAAGAGCAAAAGGUCCAAGGACAGUUGCCAACCCCUGAUCAGACUCAGGAAGACCGGGAGGAGGAGGAGGAGGACCCAGCCAUCAAUAUGGAGUUUGCUCAAGGAUUUGAACAUCAAACUGCGCCGUUUGCACCUCGUUCACCUGAAAUCAGCCAAGGCCCAGCAAAAACUCCCGAUGAGCAGGACGCGCAGGCACAGCUGAACGCGGCAACCGCAACACCUGCAACGCCCACUCAGGUCUCUGUGACCCAAGCAGAGUCAACACAUAUGCGUCGCACGUCGCAGCGUCUUUUCGUCAAAAAGUCCGUCGUGGCGGUAAAUGUUUCCAGUCCCUAUUUCAGUCCUCGGAAUGGAGUCGUUGCACCUUCGUCGCCGCUUUUCGUUCAGGAAGGACCGAGUGCCACCGAGUCAGAUUUGAACAAUUCAUCAUCGUCCCAGUUGGAACAACGUACCCAAACCGGUGCAACAUCUUUGACCGUCCGCGAGACAGACGAGGAUCGCGCCGACACAGGGGCCUCAACACGUGCAAAAGAGCCCGAAGCAGGAUUGCAACCACGAAAGGGCACGCUAACGCCUCUAUCAUAUUACGCGCAUCUCAUAUCCCUCGACGAGCAUUUCGGAAAAUUGGUCGAUGUGAUCGCUAUUUGCGCAAAGAAAUCGGCGGACCCGCAACGCUCUAAAUCAGGGCCCAAGGACUACCAUACAACCCUACAUAUUGCGGACCCUUCUUCGCUAGAUUCUGACUCCUCUGAAAGCGGAAGCAGUACGGUCGUUCAAAUUUUCCGACCGGUCAAAACUUCGCUGCCGACGACAGACCGUGGCGAUGCCAUUAUGCUACGCAACUUCAAGGUCCAGACUUUGAACCAUAAAUUUAUGCUGCUUAGCUCAGAGACGUCUUCCUGGGCCGUCCUCAAAGCCCCGCAGGGAUUUGGGUCUACCUUUUCCGAUAUUGUCGUUUCAGGUCCUCCGAUCGAGUACGGCUUGGACGAAACGGCAUGCGCGGACUCUCUGUUUCGGUGGUGGGAAACAGGUGGCCAAGCACACUUUCCAGCUGCAGACCAUUCCCAAGAUGCUCCUCACGACGAAAACAAUGGCCGGAAGAAGAGCCCCGAUGUCCAUGUCCCGCGAACGCCUGCGCCGCCGAGUCGCAGCAAAGAGCAACAGCAUCGCGAGAGCGCCCCUCGUCAUAGUCGACCUUCGCCACUGCCCGCGGCCACUACUAGCCGUCGCAAAGACAACUACACUGACAAUGUUAACAAUGAGGACGAGAACGAGAACGAGGGCGACUGGCGAAACACCGCCGUGGUUCUGGAAGAUGAAGAUGAAGCAGAAGAAGAAGUAGUGUUGGACAAACAUGAUGCGAAUCCACCACCUACCACUACUAGUAGCAGUCCCAGCCGACAACGUGGACGACGAGCGUCCACCGUCUCCAUGGCACCUUCGACUUCGUCUGCCAGGGAGGCAGCAGGCAGGGAGACGCCGACUCCUCGCCGCAGCGCGCGGAAUCGAGCGUCGCCCAUCCUGGUUCACGAAUUGCGAGAUGGCACAAAGUAUGUUGACCAUAACCGUCGGAGAAGCGGGAGUGUGGUUCACGAGUUGCGGGACGGCGUCACAUAUGUCGAUGAAUGAAUCAUCAAUCUGUUACUCCCCUGUGAGGAGCUUGCUUUGCCAUCAAGUAUAUUGCCUUUGCUCAAAAAACUGAUUUACAGCAUUGCGCCGGCGGGAAAGGGUACGAAGGAUAUGUGUUUAAUGGCUCGGUGGGUUUGUUAAUGUCAUUGAUGUCAGUGAUUUGUUCAGAGUACGUAGCCCGACAGCCUCGAGCUUUAAUCACCAGUCUCACUCAGAUCGGAAUCAAAAAGCAGUUUGUGGAUUCAUCACGUUUGCAUCUCUGUUUCUUCCAAGUUGUCAGGAAUAUGAACUCGUAAUCUACAAUUUGUCAACCUUCCAUGUGCCGUUGAGCUGCGAAGUCGCAACCUUCCCAGUUCGACUUUACCACCCACC